AUGGAGGCCUGGCCAGCAGCCUGGGUCCUAAUUCUAACGCUAAUCGCUGAUUGGCUGGAAGCGGCUCAAUCACGGGACUUCACUGUGAAGGACAUCAUCCUCCUCCAUCCAUCAACCACACCUCAUCCUGGAGGGUUCAAGUGCUUCACAUGUAAAGAUGCACCAGACAACUACGAAUGCAAUCGCUGGGCUCCGGACGUAUACUGCCCACGAGAGACCAGGUACUGCUACACCCUCCAUGUGAUGGACGUCCAGGGGAACACUGUGUCUGUGACCAAACGCUGUGUGGCCCUGGCCCACUGUCUGUCUACAGGCUGCACCCAGGACAACCAUGAAGGAUACGAGGUCUGCACUGCUUGCUGUGAAGGAAACAUCUGUAACAUGCAGUUGCCAAGAAACAAGACGGACGCCAUCUUUUCCACCACCUCUCUCCUCCACAGCAGUAACGGUCUACUCACACACUACUGGCUGCUCACUGGCUGUCUGAGCUCUACCGUCAUCAGCGUCAUGCUCUCCAACAGUCUAUGA